GAAGGCAUUUAGACAAUCUACUUCAAAGGAGAAGGUUCAUUUUAGAAGUCAAGAUACUAAAGUAUAGGUUUUGAAGAACAGUAAUUCCUGAGAGAUCUUAAUUUCAAAAUCAAAAUUUGGAAAAAGAUUGAUCUCACUCAACAUGGAUGCCUUUGGCCUGGUUCCUAUGCUAACUUUGCUUCAUAUUGUGCUCCAGGUAUCCUCAUCUGCAGAGCCUCUAACUCAGCCCGUGCUUUCUGUGUGGCCUGAGUACCAGCAAUAUUAUGAAGGGGAGACAAUCAGGCUGAGCUGCUCAACUUUCCACAACUUGACAGUGAAGAAAAACUUGAUGGUGCAAGGUUACCGAUUCUUCCGAGAAGAUGGGCAGCAGAUCUAUCAAACGGAACCGAAUGCUUACCGAGAUGGCAUGAUGGAUAUUUGGGCACAAAGGAACAACACCGGAAAUUACAGCUGUGCUUAUUGGCUGGAAGAAGCAGGCAGGAAGGUUCAGUCGAACCAAAGCCCCAGUACCAGCAUCCAAGUGAAUGCGGCCCCACCAGCUCCGUCGCUGAAUUACACGACUUUUGACUCCGGAAAGUCCAUCAGGAUGGAAUGCACAGCUCCACCGGAAGCUAAUAAAAUCAAGGAGUUUCGCUUCAUGGCAAACAACAUGGUUGUCUUGAUCAGAGCUACCGUCAACAGCUCCUAUACACACAAUCUAACUGAGGUGAAAGACAAGCAUGUGACUACCGUGAGGUGUGCUUACGUUGAGAACCUCCAUGGAAGAAAUGUAGUUUCUAGGAGCAGCAACCCAAUCUUGAUUGACCAGCUAGGCAUUAGAUGGGUUCGAUUGUUGGCUGUCGGUGGGAGUUUCUUCACUAUCAACGGUCUCAUCUUCUUAAUCUCCUAUUGCAUUUCUUUAAGAAGCAGGACUAAGUGAGCUAUUCUAUCCAAUCAGCACUUCGGAGAUCUCUUCUUCAGAAGUCGGAAGGAACCAUCUGACCGGGGUCUACUUCAUAAGCUACUCUGGUUUGAAAUGCAAUUGGAUUGAUAGUCUUGCUCAGGUGCUUCAGCCAACAUAUUAGGAGCACCCUUAAGCCACUGGCAACAUACAAUGCCUGUCUCCCUUAAUUAAUCCCUCCCCCCAAAUGUGAUAUUUCUGCAGCUCUGACUUUUUCAGCUGACAUUUUCCUGCAGUUUGGCGUUUCUCAAAAACGUAUGAAAAACCUCAGCAAGAAAUUUUGACUUAUGCAAAUUGCUGUUGCGGUUACUCUUGUGACUAUUGCUUUUUUUCUGCUGCUGUUUUAAAU